AUGCCGCUUGUGACCUUGAACCGCCGUGCUGAUGUCUGUGGUGUGAACGGCUAUGACCGGGACAGGGGAAAUUACUUUUGGAGCGAGAGCAAGAAACUGGCAUCAUAUUCGGGUUGCUCCGCCCGAUGUGCCAGCAGUGAUCGCUGCGAGAGCUUUGGCUUCAGCGACCAAGCCUGCAUGCUAUUCGACUUGUCUCUCGCCGAAAACUUCGACGAGGACCGACACAGUGAUGUCAAGUACUAUGACGUUGGCUGCAUCCAGAAGGACAAGCCGCUAUUUCCCAGUGUCGGAAACGGAUCGCCUUCUCUGAACGUUACUCUAACCACAACGGUAUCAACAUCGACGCGGACCAUCACUCGCAGCAUAGCCCUGGCUACUGGAACCGGGGGCCCUUUGCAACCAGCUAAUGGUACCACCGGCUUCUUCCCAGUCCACAGGACUGCGACGGCAAACACGUUCCCACACACCCCGACAAGCUCGAGCGUCGGGGAGAUUGCUACGCCUACGCCUACGCCUACUGCAGAUGCCCCGGCGACUGAGACAGGCGCAGCUGACAGCGAUAUCUUUCCUGAGCUAGACCCUGACUCACAAGUCAACGGCGGAAUUUUGCCCCCAACAACUGGCAACCAAACAUUCCCGCAAAAUGGGACCAUAUAG